AUAUAUGCCAUAUGCAGCGAUAUGCGAUAUGCAAUAUGCCAUAUGCAAUAUGCGAUAUGCGAUAUGCGAUAUGCGAUAUGCGAUAUGCGAUAUGCGAUAUGCGAUAUGCGAUAUGCAAUAUGCGAUAUGCAGCAAUAUGCGAUUUGCGAUUUGCGAUAUGCGAUAUGCGAUAUAUGCCAUAUGCAGCGAUAUGCGAUAUGCAAUAUGCGAUAUGCGAUAUGCGAUAUGCGAUAUGCGAUAUACGAUAUGCAAUAUGUUAUCAUAUGCAACCUGCAAGCAUAUGCCAUAUGCGAUCUGCAAGCAUAUGCAACCUGCAAGCAUAUGCCAUAUGCGAUCUGCAAGCAUAUGCCAUAUGCGAACUGCAAGCAUAUGCCAUAUGCGAUCUGCAAGCAUAUGCCAUAUGCGAUCUGCAAGCAUAUGCCAUAUGCGAUCUGCAAGCAUAUGCGAUCUGCAAGCAUAUGCUAUGCUAUGCUAUGCUAUGCUAUGCUAUGC